CAGCAGGGGAACUCCAACGCCCGGAACAAAGAACCGCAGCGGCCCCACAGGCAGCCGCAGAACUCCGCCCCGGCAGCAAAAGGAAAUGGCGGACCUGCUCCGCACGCCGCCAUACUCCAGGUACCUGUGCGCCAACCCACUGCCCCUGCAGCAGCUCACCAGGCCGUAGCUCCGCCCUCCCCGCCGCAGCGCGCGGCCAUGACGGCGGCGCAGCGGCUGGUAGCCCCGCCUCCUGCGCCCCUGCCACGGCAAGCGGCCCCCCCGGCCGCUCCUCGCCGCAGCCGGGCGGACCAAUCACCGCCGCCCGCCCCGGACCAGGCCAGCAUGGCGGACUUCCCCGAACCGCGAUGGCGGCAGCAGCGGCCAACCACGGUUCAGCAGCAACCUCCACGGCAGCAGCGGCCAACCACGGUACAGCAGCAAACUCCCGCAGCCCACAUCGACGCCAGCCAACAAAAUGGCGGCAACCGGGAGACGGGAAGCGACCAUGUUGUCGGCCCCCGACAAGAUGGCGACCGCAUUGACCGUCUCCUCGACGCAAUGCAGCUCAUGAUGGCCCGCAUGUCCGAGCUAAUGGCCGCAGUACAUCAGGACUUCCCCACGGAGGAGCUUCACCGCGUCGCUGCCGUCCAACCUCUACGCCAGAGGUUUAAGGACGCAGCGACAACAUUCUACGAUAAAGCCGAGAGGUCGACCAACCAACUGGUAAGAAGACUCGGCAGCCGACCACACUGGCGGGCGUCAUUACGCUGGCCAGACCUGCUGCGCCGGUAA